AUGGAUCUACAAAUAGCAACACCCAAAAUUAGUAGCUACUUUACAGCUACCAAGACACAAGUGGCUGGUGUUACAAUCUAUGCCAUUGCACAAUGUGCUGAAACUCUCACACAAGACACUUGUUCGAAUUGUUUGUCAAUUGCACAGAGCGGCAUACAAGAUUGUCUUCCAGAUACAAAUGGUAGGGGAGUCAAUCCUCCUGUGUGCUUUAUGAGAUACUCGGAGACACCUUUCUUUGCUGAUAACCAAACCACUUUUAUCAGCCCCUUCUUAAAACAAGGUACCAUAAUGGGAGCAACUGAGUUGAAAGGUCCAAUCAAGUACAAGUAUAAUGACUUGAAAGCUGCAACAAAAAAAUUUAGUGAGAAAAAUAAAUUAGGCGAAGGAGGCUUUGGCGCUGUAUACAAGGGGGCUAUGAAAAAUGGGAAAGAUGUAGCAGUCAAAAAAUUAAAUAUUCCUGGAAAUUCCAGCAAGAUAGAUGACUUGUUUGAAAGGGAAGUAAUGCUUAUAAGUAAUGUUCAUCACAAAAAUCUUGUUCAGCUUCUUGGUUAUUGCAGUAAAGGCCAACAAAGAAUCCUUGUUUACGAAUACAUGGCAAACACUAGCCUAGACAAAUUCGUAUUUGGAAGAAGAAAAGGUUCCCUCAACUGGAAACAACGGUAUGAUAUAAUUUUGGGCAUUGCAAGGGGAUUGACUUAUUUACAUGAGGAAUUUCAUGUUUGUAUCAUACAUAGAGAUAUUAAGAGUAGCAAUAUCCUCUUGGAUGAACAACUUCAACCCAAAAUUUCUGACUUUGGGUUGGUGAAACUCUUACCUGGGGACCAAUCUCAUCUUAGCACAAGAGUUGUAGGAACAUUGUAA